GUGUGUGUGUGCGCGCGCAUUCCUUCGCAUCCAGAGGAGCGGCAGUCGGAGGUUGAGGGUCCGCACGGAGAGGACACACUCUGCAGAAAUCAGCCAUCAUUGGCGCCGUUACAACAAAGGAAAGCAUGCAGGCGGAUGGCAAGGUGGUCGAUGGCAGCCUGCUGGGAGAUGCCAAUGGCGUCGAGCCCGCACCGGGCAGAGUGAAGGAUUCGGGGAAGUGGCAGAAGCCGCGGUUCUCUAGGAAAGCUCUGAUGAAGUGCUGCCUGGUGAAAUGGAUCAUUGCCAGCACGCAGCCACAGGACAAAGAUGACAGCAGCGACAGUGAUUUGGAGCUGUCGACGGUGCGUCACCAGCCGGAGGGGCUGGACCAGCUGCAGGCUCAGACCAAGUUCACCAGGAAGGAGCUUCAGUCUCUGUAUCGAGGCUUCAAGAAUGAGUGUCCCAGCGGGCUGGUUGAUGAGGAGACGUUCAAGUCCAUCUAUUCUCAGUUCUUUCCCCAAGGAGAUGCAACCACCUAUGCACAUUUCCUAUUCAACGCGUUUGAUAUUGACAGAAACGGUUCAAUCCGUUUUGAGGACUUCGUCAUCGGCCUGUCGGUGUUGCUCAGAGGUUCAGUCACCGAGAAGCUCAACUGGGCUUUUAACCUUUACGACAUUAAUAAGGAUGGCUACAUCACCAAAGAGGAGAUGCUGGCGAUUAUGAAGUCAAUCUAUGACAUGAUGGGGAGAUACACCUACCCCUGCGUACGGGAUGAAGCACCCUCUGAACAUGUGGACAAGUUCUUUCAGAAAAUGGACAGAAACCGAGAUGGUGUAGUGACUAUUGAGGAGUUCAUUGAGACCUGUCAGAAGGAUGAGAACAUCAUGAAUUCCAUGCAGCUGUUUGAAAAUGUGAUAUAAUGAGUCAUGGCGCGCUCAGCUGUUUUCCUUCAUUAGCACAACUCACAUACAAACAGAGCAAAGUCAUGCACCUCACCCAUACCUCAGAAUCCACAAUAACGUAGGACAUCCUGGUACAUAAUGUAGCUCCUGGAACUUUUAGCGGUAUCUUGUGACUGCUCCUGGAUUAAAAAAGACUGUUUCACGUCAAAGAAGACAUUCUUUGGUAACUUUUGGUGUCCUUAGUGGCACAACAGAGGAGCUGAUUGUGUUUUGAUCAGCAGACAAAAAAGGAUCUGCAACCACAAGGAACGAAGAAGCUCACAGAAAUGGACAAACUAUAUGGAUACUAGCUUUAACACUAGCAUAGAGUAUACACACCCAAAUAUGGAAAAACCUGCUGUUUCCUCAGCGUUUUUAUAGCACUGGAUGGAGUACAAAAAAGUCACGGUGAUGUACAAAAAAAGAGAAAUGAACUAAAGCAUGUUUGUCAUCAAAUAUGUCAUGUGGAAUUAGCUUGCACUACAGUUCUAUGACUAUGAAUUAUAUGCGCCUGAAAUAAAGGCACUGUAGAUACCUGCACCUGAUACACCACUGAUGGAAACCAGUGUGUAUGUAUAUACAUGUAUAGUUAAUAAUUAUAUGUACUGCAUUGUGUUGGUCUGCUCUGUGCUGCACUGGGUGGUGGAAUAGGGCCAGAGCUCAAUAUUUGUUUAAGAGAUUUCAGUGUUAAUUAGUUUAAAAUCAUGUUUAGUAAGCAUUAUUGGAAUAUUUAAAUAUUUCUCUCUUUUAUUUUUGUUUUGGAAGAUUAUGUUUAGCUGGUCAGAUUGGAAAAAUUAGUCUUUUCAGAACUGUGAAAAAAGAAAAGGACUUUUAAAAUUCAGUCCUUAGAUUAAAUUAAGACAUUUUCUUCAGUAUCUGUGAGCAUGCUGACUCCAAGUGCCACAGUAUUAUGUACAGUACAGUAGGACCUUUGUGAUGUCAGUUAAUUAAACAUGCUGUCUACA